AUGACUUACAUUGAGCGGACCAUACCCAAGAUCAGUCUCAAGGAUAAAGACAACCGAAGAGAGGAGAUCAAAGAGCAACUUUUUUAUGCAGCUAAAAAUAUUGGCUUUUUCACGCUGUGUGAACAAGAUUGUCCAUCACGAGAGGACAUUGAAGAGAUGUUCCAGCUGUCUCAGAAGUUUUUUGGUCUUCCCUAUGAUGUCAAAAUGAAAACCCCUCACAUCAAGCUACUGAACUCGGGCUUUGAGUCUUGCUCUCAAAUAAGACCUUCCACCGGCACUGCAGAUCAAAAGGAAUCUUUGCAGUUGCAAUAUCACAGAAUCAAUCAGAACUGGCCAGCUGAAGAAGACGUCGGUAAAGAAUGGCGAGAGCAGACAAAAGCCUUCAUGGAGAAAUGUCAGAAUCUGAGUAAUUUCGUGAUGGAAUUGUUUGCAGAAGCUUUAGGAUAUCCUACGGACUUUUUCACGAAGGCCCAUAUCAUCAGUUCUGAUACAGCCCAAACGACUUUGAGACUUCUACAUUACUUUGAUACCAACGGUAAGAAAUAUGACGGCAAUCUCUGGAGAGCGGGGCCUCACACGGACUUUGAUUGUUUGACUCUUUUGUUUCAACGAACUGGCGACCAUGGUCUGGAAGUAUGUCCUGGCCGCGAAGCUCACACAGAUUAUGGCUACUCAGACAAAUGGACACCUGUUCCAUCAAAAACGGGCGAUAUUGUGAUCAACAUUGGCGACAUGUUGAUGUCCUGGUCGGACGACAUCUUGAAAUCUAACUUUCACAGAGUUCGACUUCCGACUCCAGACGAAAACCAAGGAGACCGCUACACCAUUGCAUACUUCAACCAGGCUAAUACGGAUGUUGUGAUUCAAGGCCCUCUGAAGAAGUAUCCUCCAGUGACCGGAAAAGAGUUUAUUGAAGAGGCCAUGAGGAAAAACUUCGAGAGGCUGCAGAGCGCUGCCUAA